AUGCACAAACAUCAUCAUUGCUGCAAGUGCCCCGAGUGUUAUGAGGCAUCUCGAAUGUCUGCCCUACGCAGGAUGGAGCCCCCCACUUAUGGAGAAUGGCAGCACGAGCAAUAUGGGGGUGGUUAUGGGGGUUACAGCUCUCAGACCCUUCCAUCACAGCCUGCUGUAACCCCUACUGCCCGAGGGAAAGCCAAGCUUGUUGCUGCUCCACGCGAAAACCUCACCCCAACCCUGAAAGGGCCACCUAAGAGUGCAACCCCAAAAUUGAAUGGCAAUAGUCCCAACUGGUGGCCAGAGUGUACCUGUACUAAUAGAGAUUGGUAUGAGCAGGCGGGUGCUGCACCUCUUCUAGUGAACUCAGACUGUCUGGAUCCAUCAUCCUCUGUAAACGGCAGUGAUGCUUUGUAUAAGUAUGAAGAGAUAGUACUGGAGAGGGGUAACUCAGGUCUGGGAUUCAGCAUUGCUGGAGGUAUUGACAAUCCGCACGUUCCUGAUGAUCCUGGAAUAUUUAUUACAAAGAUCAUCCCUGGAGGAGCUGCAGCAAUGGAUGGACGUUUAGGGGUGGGUGACUGCGUCCUACGUGUAAAUGAUGUGGAUGUCACAGAUGUUGUGCAUAGUAAGGCAGUUGAAGCUCUAAAAGAGGCUGGUCCUGUGGUGAGACUGCUGGUCCGACGCAGACAAAGCCCACCGGAAACUAUUGUGGAGGUUAAUCUACUCAAAGGACCUAAAGGUUUGGGAUUUAGCAUUGCUGGAGGAAUUGGGAACCAGCAUAUACCUGGCGACAACAGCAUCUAUAUAACCAAGAUCAUUGAAGGGGGAGCUGCACAGAAAGAUGGGAGGCUACAAAUUGGAGACAGGCUUCUAGCAGUGAAUAACACAAACUUACAAGAUGUCAGACAUGAAGAGGCUGUUGCUGCUCUGAAAAAUACCUCAGAUAUGGUUUAUCUCAAAGUUGCUAAACCUGGGCCAGUUCACCUUAACGAGAUCUACGCACCCCCUGACUAUGCCAGCACUGCGUUUUCAGUAGACAACCACAUAAGCCAUAACUCCACCCUCGGGGGAUACUUAAGCAGCGUGGAGAGCAAGUCACCUUACCCACCCCCCCAAGUCACCCCUUCCAGGUUUUCCCCUGUUCCUCGACACAUGCUGGGUGAAGAAGACUUUACCAGGGAGCCACGAAAGAUCACCUUACACAAAGGCUCCACAGGACUGGGCUUUAACAUCGUGGGUGGUGAGGAUGGGGAAGGCAUCUUCGUAUCCUUUAUCCUGGCAGGAGGACCAGCUGACCUGAGUGGAGAGCUUCGUCGUGGGGACCGCAUAUUAUCAGUAAAUGGAGUAAAUCUGCGCAGUGCAACACAUGAGCAGGCGGCAGCAGCGCUAAAAAGGGCAGGGCAGACUGUGACAAUAGUGGCACAAUACCGACCAGAAGAAUAUAGUCGUUUUGAGACGAAGAUCCAUGACCUGCGAGAACAAAUGAUGAACAGCAGUAUGAGCUCUGGAUCCGGAUCAUUGCGGACCAGUGAAAAGAGGUCCCUCUAUGUCAGGGCUCUCUUUGACUAUGACCGCUCACGUGAUAGCUGCCUUCCCAGUCAAGGCUUGAGCUUUUCUUAUGGAGAUAUCCUGCAUGUUAUAAAUGCGUCAGAUGAUGAAUGGUGGCAGGCAAGGCUUGUGACGCCACAUGGGGAAAGCGAACAGAUUGGAGUUAUUCCAAGUAAGAAGAGGGUUGAGAAAAAGGAACGAGCACGUCUAAAAACGGUCAAAUUUCAUGGUCGCUCUGGCAUGGAGUCUAACAGGGACUUCCCUGGCUUAAGUGACGAUUAUUAUGGAUCAAAGAGUCUGAAGGCUGUGACAUCAAAUACCAGCGACAGUGAGAGUAGCUCAAAGGGACAAGAAGAUACUAUAUUAUCAUAUGAGCCAGUGAUCCGACAGGAAAUUCACUACGCCAGGCCAGUCAUAAUUCUGGGUCCCCUUAAAGAUCGUGUUAACGAUGAUCUAAUUUCUGAAUUUCCACACAAAUUUGGCUCCUGUGUACCACAUACUACUCGGCCGCGGAGAGAGACAGAGAUGGAUGGCCAAGACUAUCACUUUGUGGCUUCUCGGGAACAAAUGGAGAAGGAUAUCCAGGAUAAUAAGUUCAUUGAGGCUGGGCAGUUUAACGACAAUCUUUAUGGAACUAGUGUGCAGUCAGUGCGUGCAGUUGCUGAAAGGGGAAAGCACUGCAUUCUUGAUGUAUCUGGAAAUGCAAUUAAGCGAUUGCAGCAAGCACAACUAUUCCCUAUUGCUAUUUUUAUCAAACCAAAAUCCGUAGAAGCAUUAAUGGAGAUGAACCGGAGGCAGACGUUCGAACAAGCUCAUAAGAUGUUUGACAAAGCCACCAAGCUGGAGCAAGAAUUUGGGGAGUUUUUUACAGCCAUUGUUCAAGGAGAGUCGCUGGAAGAAAUCUAUAACAAGAUAAAGCAGAUAAUUGAAGAUCAUUCUGGACAUCACAUCUGGGUGCCAUCUCCUGAAAAACUCUAACACCUUCACUGACCAGGUCUUCGAUAUGUUCCCUCAGUGAUCCUCCAUGCUUCACUACUCCUGUUCCAGAGUCUGAGGGGGGACUCUGUGCAUUUGCCAAACACAGGCAUUUCUUUCCCCAUAAUUGGAGUCCCAAGAAAUUUCUUGGCUGCUGACAAAGACAACUCUCUAAAGGUAGCUGACCCAAUAGAGAAAUUUUGAAGCAACAAGGGAAUCCUGUCAUCCUCCUGUUGUGGGACAAGAAGAGAUAUGAAAUAUGUUUUACAAUGCAAAAAAAGGGAAGAGGGUAGAAGAGGCAAUGUCUCCCAAGCCCAAAAACUAUCUACUCCAUUAUUCAGACUCUUACCCCCCCUCGCUGGAUUGGACAAAGGCAUAUUUAUAUACAUAUAUAUAUAUAUAUGAUGUGUGUGUGUGUGUGUGUAUGUGUAUAUAUAAUUUAUAUAUGAUUAUAUAUAUAUAUUAUAUAUAUAUUUUGGCUGUGACGGGAUAUUGGUCCCUGCUAUUCUAUUGUUUGUAAGGAUUUUUUAAGUUAUCUUUUCCUGUGAAGGGCAGAGCCACAGACUCUGCUCUGGUACUGUAUAGUCUGCCAUCCAUAAAUGGAGUUGCUUAAUAUGGAUGAAAAGUAAAUCUGUGGUACAUUGCUGCUGAUACAGCUAGUCCCCAUGGAAAAAGUGCAGAGCUGCUUGUCAAGUCACAAGUUAAGGAGUUGACUCUACAUUUUAUAACUUGAUUAAUCUAACUUUUGGCACUUCACAAGACUAUUCAAAACUGAUCCAAUGUGCAUUAAAUUUAGAAACUAAGACUUUUACACAAAGCAGGUGGAUCUUGAACAGACUGUAAUUAAGCCAGAUUUUCUUCUGUUCGUUGUGCUGACGGUUCUGUGAACCUAACUGAUUUUGCUUUGCAGGAAGGGGCUUUUUAAACUGACAAUUAUCAAGCUUAAAGGACUUUAAAAGACAGGAGUCAUAUCUUGGAAUGUUGCCCGUCUCCAGCGCUUCUAAGAGAACCUUGUGGUUUGACAAGCUGUGAGUCUAACAUCUUCAAUGCCUAUAGCUCCCUCUGUUGCAUUUCUAGCUCAUUUUUUCACAGCCGUGUUACUAAGCUUUUUUUCACCAUGCUUUUGUAUGUUUUUGAGUUUCAUCUUGGGAUGUGCACAUGUUCCUUAAAAUGCAAAAUGUGCAUGUCACAUCCUAUCUGCUGUUAUCAAUGAACCUUUGUGUGUGAGGUGUGUCUGCCACUAGGCCUUGCUCUGACUCAUCACAGUAAACAGCAGGUGAAUACGGAAGAAGGGAGGAGGCAGCUGGAUUGUGAGGUAGCAAUCCCUUAUUCAAGACUAUUCUAGUGUGUCUGAGUCCUGUAUGUGUGCAUGAAGCUGUCCUUUAGUUCUAAUAUUUUAUUUUAUUAUUUUUUUAAUAGGCUACAUUGAACCUGUCGUGUUGCCGUAUGAGCAUUCUUCAUGGUAACUUCCAUUUUAACUGAACGGGUAUAAAAUCCAUUUCUUUUUACUUGCUAGUUUGUCUUUAUUUUAGAUCAACACUGACCAUACACUUAAAUACUUUUGGGCUUAGAAAAGGAAUUUGUUUUGGGAGCAGUGCUGAUUUGUGUGGUUUUGUUUUGUUUUUUGUUCUAUUUGUCUGAUUGUGUAACCCACUCCAGACCCCUUCUGAGUCUGAUCUGUCACUGGAAAGUAAAAGCCUGUGAUUUUUUCUUUUUUAUAUUUCCUUUCUACUUUUUGAUCUAUCUUAUGCUGCUGCUUUGUAGAGGGUAAGAUUGUAAGACUGACUUUCCUGACCUGAGAUAAAAGGGCUUCAGCUAAUUUGCACAGGAAAUUUACAGACAGUUUAGGACUUCUCUAAGUAGAUCUUCCUUAGAAAGUAUAGUAGGUGCUGUGCAGAGUAUUGGAUCAUUUUACACAUGAUGGUGAGUGCUGUUUAGCUCAGGUAAUCCUUGUUUGAUUCCCAAGUUUUUCCUCAUUCUUUUGCAAGUUAAAAUUCUAAAAAUAACCUCAUUCUCUUGGGAUAUGUUUGGGGCUUACUCACAUUAGUGCUUAUAAGUGAACAAAUACUGACUUAAAAUAUAAAUUCUCUAUUUAAAGGCCACAAAAAUAUGUAUGGGAAUAUGAGUGAAAAGAGCAGAAUCCUUUAUUUCAUUUUCUUGGAGUGCACAGUUAAACAUGUUAAUUGUGUGCCCAGUUAAGCAGUUGGUGUAAGGUUUAGAUGUUAAUUUUAUCUAUAUUUCAACACAUGGGGCACACAUUUUAUAAUACUCAGUGUGAAAUUCCUAAAGCUCAGGGUUUUUUCCCCAUGUUAUUGGGAGUAUGAUCUCUUCCAUGUGCCCAGUAAAGACACCGUGGGAAACACACUGUCAUACGCUGUCCCUCUUUUCUGCUGUCCUCCAGUAAAGGAGAUAUUGGUGCGCUGUAAACCAUCUAGUAUCUUUGAUGUGUCCUGCACUGUGAGAUGGUAGAAUUGUGGGUUGUUUAUUUUAGGGCUAUGUUAUGUUUGCUAGCUAAAGAUGAUGCUGGAUUAAUCAUUGUGUUAGUGGACUCGUGAGGGUGAAGAUAAUUCUACUGUCACUGUGGGAAGCUUACAAAGUUCUCCUUUCCUGUGGAAAUCCAUUAUAAACUAAUUGCUGCCAUCUGCUCAAGGUCCAGUAGCUUCAUUUAGCUGUGAAGAGCAAAGUAGGGAAUUACGGUACAGAAUUUAUGGAACUCUAAAGCAGCUGGUGGGAUUGCUAAUAGUAAUCCACAACCUUUUAUAUAUAUAUAUAUCUCUAUAGCCCUGCCUCCCCUCAGUUGUAAUUUACAUAAAGGCUAAAAUUAAAUGGAAUCUGAUUGUUUAAAGAAAUGCUGGUAAACCCAGGAGGCACAUAUAUUUUUUAAUAAACUGACUUGCAAAAA